CCUUCUCACCGCCUUCUUUACCUCCAUCAUCGACGAUGGAUUAUCAAAACUCGAUGGCCUUCUCUCAUUCUUCAUCCUCACAACAAUCCGCGCCACAACAUUCCUCAUCCUCCUCCGUCAACGCUCCCGCCCCAUCCAUGUACCCCUUGCAACCUGUCGCACCCCGCGACGACGAUCUUGGCUCGUCCCCUGAGGAGGACAACGACGGAGAGCAUGGUGGGUCAAGCUCUCAACAACAUGAUGAGAAUGGAGACCCAUCGCUCUCGCCAGGGGGGAGCAAGAAGUCCCAGCCCAAGGCGCAGACGUCGUUCCUAACCAAAUUAUAUGAUUUAUUGGAGAAGCCAGAGUACCAGUCUAUGAUACGGUGGGACGCGACAGGAGAGCACAUCAUCGUGGAGCGUCCCGAGAUGCUCGCGUUGCACGUCCUGCCCUCUGUUUACCGUCAGUCGCGUUUCGCGAGUUUUACGCGGCAGUUGAACAUCUAUGGCUUCUUCCGGAAAGCCAAUCUUCGGAAUCUGAACCCUGGAAUUGAGGACCCAGACGCGAGUACUUGGUCACACCCAACACUGCGUAGGUCAUCGAGGGGAACUGACGCAGUUACAAAUUUCAAACGGCGCGUGCAAGACCGCAAACCCAAGGGUCGGAAGAAGAUGUCUCCGCCGGGUCAUGGUCAGCCUGGCUUGCCUGGGGCUCACCCGGGGAUGCAGCCUGGCGGAUACCCACAGACUGCGUCUCGUCCAGGAACGGGGAUGAUGCCCCAAGGAUUGGGCAUGCAGGGUAACCCCGCACACCAAAACCGCGCUAGGGCAUACACCCAGCCUUCGUUGCACGUGAAUACGCGUCCGAUGUCUUCUCACGGUCCUUUGAGUGCUGGACCAGGUGGUUAUGGCUCACAGCAGCCAUCAUGGAACGGCGCCUAUCCGCAGCAAUCCCAGAACAUGCACUCACAAUACCCCAAUGCUACGUACAACUCCGGUUCUUCCUAUGGCACUUCCCCUACCGAUGACCCCACUUCACCCCACUACCAGAGUCACCAGAGUAACUUUAGCGCGGUGCCUAGUUCGUACCCGGGUUCAAGUUACCAGCAGCAGGAACCGCCGCAGAACCCUAACUGGCCGUCAUUCCCUAACGCGGGCUCGAAUGGUCAGAGUCUCCCUCAGCAAGGACAGAACGGGCACGCUCAGAGUACCCCGCACUCCAACCUCUCCUCCCUGCUCAAUCCUGCUGGCUAUUCUCGACCAGGUACCGCCACCGGUGCUCCUCCCAUCGCCAUCCAGACGCAAAACGCUAAUGGCUCCUUUUCCAACUCGCCCUAUACCAACGCCAUGUCCCCCGCGGCAACUCGUCCGGGGACGGCGUACAGUACGGCGAGCUCCAUGCCAGGUAUGAGUUAUGACAUGGAAUCGCAUUCCUCGGUGACGUCUACUGGCCCAGCCUCUGCAGGCCCGAACGGCCCUCAAUCGCCGUACGACUACCGUCCCCGCUCAUCCCAUGCGAACCAGCAGCCUCUCUCCAACCCGCAACAACACUCGAUGCACCCUCUCUCCCGCCCGAACACCUCCAUCGGCGCUGGAGCUUCUCCUGGCGCCGGUCGCCCGCGCCAAGCAAGUGGCUAUAGCGCCUAUCCCCUCCGCCCGCUCACUGCUCCUGGUGGGGGGAUGACGAUGGACAUGAACGGACAGCCGACGAAGGGGCUUAUGGGUAUGCAGAUGGAGCCGUACGCAUCUUCGCCAACCACGGCCGACUUUGCGCACUCUAUCCCCGUAUCGCAGGGAAACGAACCACACUUGGUUCGUCCUUCCACAGGACACUCUUCCUUGAGUGCAAGGUCCCGCGGCUCUAUGGCCACUCCCACGCCAGCAGACAGCAUGUCUCAGCCAUACGGGCACGAGUCGGUCCGGAUGGAGGCGGCCUGAAUCCGCCCAUAAAUGCUGCAUUUUGGAUACCACACCCUCGGCACCCACGAGUGGCAAGGUCAAGAUACCCAGCGUGCACUGGUCUCUCGGUCGCGCAAUGUGCAAUGCGGUCUUGUCGGUAAAAGGCUUUGGUUGGACGGAUGGCGUUCGGAAAGUCAAAACUUCAAGGUCUCGAUUUCGAUUUCAUUUCUCUCAGCUCUUAUGGAUGGUCUGGUCUCUCUGUUGUAUCUGGUACUGUCAUCAUGUCGCUUGCCCGAGUCUCCGGCUGCCCUUGUGAUAAUUGCUUGGCUCUGCCAAUUGUUCUCGAUGGUCGUUUUGCAGCGGAGUCCAGGCAGUGCAUGCCGGCGUACAUAGAUGUAUGCCGAAAACGUUUCUAUCACGCCAACGCGUGAAUGGACUUUGUUUACCCAUUUGCUUCGUUCUUGUGAUGCUUUUGUGCUCGUCUGGGCUGCAAUGUCACCGGUGUGCCAUUGUGUGCCUCCUUUCACCCGUUGUUUUGUGAGUUGCAGUGUGUUCGUUUCAUGUUAAUGAUCUUUACUCCCUCCCCAUUUGGGCCUUCGGUGGAAAUCUCCUUCAAGUUGCAACCAGUUUCUUUGUGAAACGCUGUAUCGGUCCCCGAUUUGUAGUAAUGAACUUGCAAUUAUGAC